AUGUUUGAGGUGCCAAAAGUGAACCUUAAUUCACGUUGUUACAUAGACUUGCAACAAAAUAUAUACGAACCGCCAAUACUAAAGAAUAUUUCUGAUGAGCAGUUGCAAGAUCUCAUUGAAAAUGGAGGAAAUGCAAUUUUGAAGUUUAUGAGACUGUCUUGCCACACCCAGGCUUUGGAAAGAUCAGUCAAAGUUGUGACAGAAGCAGCUCUAAGUGUAUGCGAAAAGAAAAGAAGAGAGGGAUUCAUAAAAUCUAAAUUAGCAUCUCGAAAAGUCACGCCAAAGUUUGAGACGAAAAAGGAUUUCUGCUUUAAAAAAUAA